UCGAAGAAGCAAACACGUCGUGGUUGCACAAAUCAAGGGCGGCUAUAAGAGGCGAGCGCAUGUUCCUGUCAUUUCCUUUCACCGCCCUCUUCGUCUGAUGAAGAAAAAAAUUCCUUUUGCUUCCUUUUUCCUCUCCCAUUAUUACUCGGAUUUUCUUUCAUUUCUUUUUUCUUUUCUUUGCCUUCUGUCUCCGAUUCACACGGAAUCUGGUUACGGAAGAGAGGAGAGAGGAAGUUGUGUAAAAGACGGUGAAAUGGAGUAGGAGGCAAGGAAAGAACGGAGGAGAGACGGAAAAUUUUCAUCUUUUUUUCGUUUUGGGUUGUUGGGGACGAAGAAUUCCGCGUUGCCUGCAGUUGUGGUGACAAGGACGAUCGAUUUCGGGAACUGGUUUUUGCGUGUCGAUCUGAAAUCGUAUUCGAAAGGAGGAUUUCGAUUGGGGUUCUGUUGUAGUGUAUAGAAAUGGCCGGAUUUGUUGGGGUUCUCGUGUCUGAUCCGUGGCUUCAGAGCCAGUUCACUCAGGUGGAGCUUCGGAGCCUCAAAGCCAAAUACAUCUAUAUAAAGAGGGAACAUGGUCAUGUGAGAGUAAGCGAUUUGCCACCCGCAAUGGCAAAAGUGAAGAGCAUCAAGGAUGCGGUCACUAAAGAGGAGAUUUCUUCUAUCUUAGAAGAGUCCUAUCCGGACACCGGGCAAGAGAUUGAGUUUGAACAAUUUCUUCGGGAAUGUUUGAAUGUGCAAGCAAAAGCUGCGGAGAAAUUGGGUGGUGCGAAGAAUUCCUCUUCAUUCCUGAAGGCUUCCACUACCACACUUCUGCACACUAUAAAUGAAUCGGAAAAAGCUUCUUAUGUGGCUCAUAUAAAUGCUUAUCUUCGGGACGACUCGUAUUUGAAAACAUACCUACCGAUUGACCCGGCUUCAAAUGAAAUCUUCAACAUAGUUAAAGAUGGUGUCCUCCUGUGUAAAUUGAUCAAUAUUGCUGUCCCCGGGACGAUAGAUGAGAGGGCGAUCAAUACAAAGAGGAUUUUGAAUCCUUGGGAGAGGAAUGAAAACCACACUCUUUGCCUCAACUCUGCAAAAGCCAUUGGGUGCACUGUAGUUAAUAUUGGUACUCAAGAUUUGGUUGAAGGGAGGCCUCAUUUGGUACUGGGUUUAAUUUCUCAAAUUAUCAAGAUACAACUCUUAGCAGAUCUCAACUUAAAGAAGAUGCCUCAACUGGUAGAGCUAGUGGAUGAUAGUAAGGAUAUUGAGGAGCUUUUGAAUUUACCACCCGAGAAGAUGUUACUUAAAUGGAUGAACUUUCAUCUGCAGAAAGCUGGUUACAAGAAACCUGUAACAAAUUUCUCGUCUGAUUUGAAGGAUGGAGAGGCAUACGCACACCUUUUGAAUGUUCUUUCCCCUGAGCAUUGUUCUCUCGACACCUUAGAUGCCAAAGAUCCAACUGAAAGGGCAAAGCUUGUACUUGAUCAUGCGGAGAAAAUGGACUGUAAAAGAUACUUAACCCCAACAGACAUAGUUGAAGGAUCCACAAACCUCAACCUAGCUUUUGUUGCACAAAUAUUUCAUCAGAGGAAUGGCCUUUCCAUCAGCAGCAAAAAGAUGUCCUUCGCAGAGAUGAUGCCUGAAGAAGUGCAAGCAUCUAGAGAAGAAAGAGCUUUUAGGAUGUGGAUCAACAGUCUUGGAAUCACUACUUUUGUCAAUUGUGUGUUUGAAGAUCUCAAAAAUGGAUGGGUUCUUUUAGAAGUACUUGACAAAGUUUCUCCAGGAUCGGUUAAUUGGAAGCAUGCAUCAAAACCUCCCAUAAAGAUGCCGUUUCGGAAAGUAGAGAACUGCAAUCAAGUUGUGAGAAUUGGAAAACAGUUGAAACUCUCUCUAGUUAAUGUGGCAGGGAAUGACAUUGUACAAGGAAAUAAGAAGUUAAUGCUUGCUUAUUUGUGGCAAUUGAUGAGAUUCGACAUAAUGCAAUUGUUGAAGAACUUGAGAUUCCAUUCUCAAGGAAAGGAGAUUACUGAUUCUGACAUACUAAAUUGGGCAAAUCGAAAAGUCAAGAGCUCAGGCAGAACUUCACAAAUUGAAAGUUUUAAGGAUAAAAGCCUAUCCAAUGGAAUAUUUUUCCUUGAAUUACUAAGCUCUGUAGAACCAAGGGUUGUCAACUGGAACCUUGUAACGAAGGGUGCGACCGAUGAUGAAAAAAAAUUGAAUGCUACAUACGUAAUCAGUGUGGCUAGAAAGCUUGGCUGCUCUGUCUUCUUGUUACCUGAAGAUAUAAUGGAGGUAAACCCAAAGAUGACCCUUGUUUUCACUGCCAGCCUCAUGUGCUGGAGCCUGCAACAAGCUUCUGAAGAUUCCGAAACAUCGGAGAUCUCUACCGAUGAUUCGAGCUCUCUGAAAGCCCCGUCAGAUGGCGAAGACUCCAGCAGUGUGGCUGCUGAUAGCUUCUCCAACCUAAACUUAGAUGAUGCUGCUUCAGACACUUCACAAGUAGAGAACAUCUCUUCCAUUGCUGAAGAAAUGGUUGAAGUCUCUCCAACCAAAGAUUAGCACAUCAGGAACUCUUUUCUUGGUCAUAAAAGCUUUCACAGUAAGUUUGAAUACCUGUAAUUUUUUGUUUUUGUUUUUUCUUCAAUAGGUAAAGAAGAAAAUGGAGGUUUUGGGUGGGGAGAAAGAGGGUAAAUAAGCUUUUAUGGGCCCCCCUUUCAUUGUAGCUAUAUUCUUUCAUUGCAUACACGUUUUAAAUAAGAGUAUGGGUUCUUAAAUGUUGUUUCAUAGUUGAGUUUGGUGAUUUUCAUGUACUUCUUGAAUGGAUAUU